UCAACCCUGAUUCCAGGAUUCUACAUCUAAUAAUAAUGAUAAAUAAAUGAUUCACGGACUCAUUCACUAGCCACUAUACAGUACUAUCAAUCGUUGUCGCUUCGUACACGUAGAGUACUUAUCUUCCUACUCACACACUGACACGUUGUCAGCUUAGCUGUCGUUUGUUGCACUCUGCUAUAUACUAACCUAGCCAGCUUAAUCGGUACCACAUAGCUCGCCAAACACGUAUAGUACCCGCGUGUGCAUACGUUGAGUAAGUCGUCGAGCAGCGCGCGGCAGCGGGAAUGGAGGUCGACGGGGAGGGUGCGCAGCAAGGGUGGGCACCGGCAGCUGCGGCGCCGGAGCAGUGGCGUGGCGCCGUGGAGGCUGCGCUGCCUGGCACGCCGGCGGGCGCCGCGUGGGCGCACGUCGCCAGCUUCUUCUCCGCGCACCGCUACCUGCCGGGCAUCGACGUGUGCGAGCGCGUCACGGGGGCCAGCAGCGAGGAGGAGGAGGAGGAGGACGACGGUGGUCGGCUGCUUAUCACCCCCGGCUGCGUCCGGCAAGUGGCCUCGAGCGCCGCGGGGCUGUGGGCACGCGAGCAGCUGCUGGAGGCUGACCACGGCGCGCGGCGCCUCCGCUACGCCGUCGUCGACAGCAACAUGGGGUUCGGCCGCUACGUCGCCACGCUCCGCGUCCUGGACCUCGACGGCGGCGAAGGCGGGUGCAUGAUCUCGUGGGCGUUCGAGUGCGACGCCGUGAAGGCUGAGGGGUGGAGCGAGGCGGCGCUCGUGGCGCGCCUCGGCGCCAGCGUCAAGGGCAUGGCCGAGAGGGUGCAGCAGCUAGCCGCUGUAGCUCAGUAGGCUGUAGGUGUCGUCGGUGCCAUCUCCGACGGUGAUUCGAUUUGGAUGAAUGCAUGAACUAGUGCAGGUACGGAGGCCGUUGCUUUGACGUGUGGUUCUUAGAUUCUAUUCCGUUGUCAUGUGCGCAGUGGCCGUCGCUGCCGUCGUUGACUUCUUAAUUUCUUGGGCACCCUAAUUUCUUUAUCUUUUUUAGAUAGAUAUACUAAUCGAAGGGGCUACACGGCCCCAUUUUUGUUACGAAAAUAGAGUUGUUUAGAGGGCUAGAUGCUAAUUUUUUCAUCGUUUUCUUUUGCCAAAAAAAGGAAAGAAAAACGGGGCACUCUAAUUUCUUUAUCGUUGAUGUGUAAUAGAUGGAGAAAUUCGUCUAGUUUCACCGCACUUAGUUGGAUCCAAACGGGGCAGAGGCCACAACAUCUCUUGGAAAAUGGAACAAUGUUCUCUUCA